AGUUGCUGUGGGCGUGGCGGCACGAGGGAACCUCUGUCUCCAAACUCAACCCGGCCCCUCCACCUCGGUAAUUAUUAUCCCCGGUUUCUGCAUCUUGUCCAUCGCUGUUACCUAUUCACGAUUUCUGCCACCAGAUCGAUUAAAUCUGCUCUCAUUGCUGGUCUGCGAAGCAACUAGUUCAAAGUUGAAAAUGUCGUCUGAGCUCUUCAGCCUGGCGGGCAAAACGGCCAUGGUGACGGGAGGCACUCGAGGCAUCGGCCUAGCAAUGGCCGUAGGUCUCGCCGAGGCAGGCGCCGAUAUCAUCCUCAUCCAGCGGUCCGCCUCCCCCACCGCCACCAAAGAGGCUAUCGAAGCCCUGGGCCGCGAAUGCCACACCUUUACCUGCGACAUGACCGACCGUUCCGCCCUCGCAGCCCUGAUCCCUGCCGUCACCGCAUCCCACCGCGUUGACAUUCUCUUGAAUGUCGCUGGAAUCCUCCAGCGCAUCCCCACCGUCGAUUGUCCUAUCGAAGUAUACGAUGAAAUCAUCCAAACCAACCUCACCGCCACGUUUCAGCUGUGCCAGGCUAUCGGCCGCUACUGGAUUGCCAACAAGAUGAGAGGCAAAAUUAUCAAUACGGCCAGUCUCACGACGUUUCUUGGGAGUGUCAACCUGGCUGCGUACGCGAUGAGCAAGGGAGGCGUAGGGCAGUUGACCAAGGCGCUGAGCAAUGAGUGGGCGGCAAACGGGAUUAAUGUGAACGCCAUUGCUCCUGGAUACGUCGCAACUGACAUGAACAUCGACACACGAAUCACUGGUGAUCCAGCCUAUCUCAGGUCAUUAAACGAGAGGAUUCCUGCUGGCCGUUGGGGGGACCCACAGGAUUUCAAGGGACCGGCCGUCUUCCUAUGUAGCAAGGCCAGCGACUACGUCCAUGGCGAGAUCUUACUGCUGUCCGACAAGAGCCUUUUCAUUAGCGAUGCCUUCUACGAGGACAAAUGGCACAGGACGGCCGAUACCUUUGAAGUCUUCGACCCCGUAUCGGGUACGGCUUUCAGCAAUGUCGCCAACCUGGAUAAAGCGGCGAUCCAGGCGGCGAUUCGAAGCGCGAAGAAGGCGCAGCAAGAAUAUUACUGGUCGACGACGGCCGCCGAGAGAGGCGCGUACUUGCGUAAGUGGUUUGAUCUGUGCAUAGCGAACAAGAAGGAUUUGGCGACGAUCCUCUGUCUCGAAAACGGAAAGACACUGGCCGAGGCCGAGGGCGAGAUCUCUUAUGCAGCAUCCUUUAUCAGCUGGUUCAGCGAGGAAGCUACGCGCUCGUACGGCGACGUCAUCUCCUCCAGCACGCCGCACACAACCGUCAUGACGCUCAGGCAGCCCGUGGGUGUCUGCGGCAUCAUCACUCCCUGGAACUUCCCCGCGGCCAUGAUCACCCGCAAAGUCGCACCGGCCUUGGCUGCCGGCUGUGCCGUCGUAAUCAAGCCCCCCUCUGAAACCCCCCACACCGCUCUAGCCUUGGCCAGGCUGGCAGUCGACGCAGGCAUCCCAGCCGGGUGCGUGCAAGUCUGCCCGACCAAGGACCGCGAGGCUGCCACCGAGCUCGCGACCAGCGAGCUGGUCGACAAGAUCAGCUUCACGGGCAGCACGGGGGUGGGCAAACUGCUCGCCAAGCUCGCGGCUGGGACGCUCAAGAGGGUCAGCCUGGAACUGGGCGGCAACGCACCGUUCAUCGUCUUCGAGGACGCCGACCUCGAUCUCGCCGUCGAAGGAGUCAUGGCCUGCAAGUUCCGCUGCUCGGGCCAGACGUGCGUCUGCGCCAACCGCCUGCUGGUCCACAGAUCCGUGGCCGAGGCCUUCGCGGCCAAGCUCGUCACCCGCGUCAACACCCUGAAGAUGGGCUCAGGAUUCAACCCGGGCACGACCCAGGGACCCCUCGUCAACCGCGCCGCCGUGAACAAGGUCGCCCAGCACGUCCGGGAUGCGCUCUCGAAGGGUGCCCAGCUCGCGGCGGGUGGAUCCCAGCCCGCCGCAGACUCCCACCCGGGAUUCUUCUACGCGCCCACGGUCCUCACGCGCGUCACGACGGACAUGCAAGUCGCCAACGAAGAAACGUUUGGCCCGUUGGCCCCGAUCUUCGAGUUUGAGAGCGAGGGGGAGGCGGUUGAGCUGGCGAACGAGACUGAGUUCGGGCUUGCAGGCUACUUCUUCAGUAAGAAUGUCGGACGGAUCAUGCGGGUUGCGGCCCGCUUGCAGUGCGGAAUGGUGGGAGUGAACACGGGCAAGAUCAGCGCUGUAGAGACGCCCUUCGGGGGCAUCAAAGAAAGCGGAUAUGGACGCGAGGGUAGCAAGCAUGGUAUGGCGGAGUACGAGGUCAUCAAGUCGGUGACGAUUGGCAACCUGGAUCGUUAG